AUGAUCGACUCCAAGGUGCGUGACUUGUACAAGCGCUUCUUGCUCGUAGGGCGCGACUACCCUCUUGGCUUAAACCGCGUGCGCGACAAAACUAAAGCUGCAUUUUUUCAAAAUCGCAAUCUCGCAGACUCUUUGGCAGUCAAGAAGGCCAUUAAGCGCGGUCGAUUUGUACUUCGCGAGUUGGUUGGCGUUAUUAAGCUAAGAAAGUACCGAACACUUAACAAACGCUACACGUCGGAGGACCUGCGCGAGAAGCUGAGAAAUAUUGAAAACCGCCGAAUUAUAAAUGAGUUAGACCAGCAAAUUUUGGAAGAUGAUGGUGGCAGCACCCGAAGUGGCGAAAACUAG